UGUCGCCUGGGCAACGAGCAGUGAACCUCGCCGGGCAGAGUUUGAUGGGCCGAUGAUGCCUUGGGGACACUCAUUCUGCAGUGGCGAGGUGAUAGGCAGAUAGGCGGGAAUAAACGCAGCCAUUGGGAAUGAUGAUCAGGAUGUUGUAUGCUCUCAGCCAGUUUAUUCAAGAUCUAAAAAUCACAGCUAACAGAACAAAUACUGAAGCAAGCAGCAACAGCAGAUAGUCCAGUUCUUGAACAUUAUGCCAGGCAGUAUACUCCAUCAUGUGUCCCAAGUAAGGACGCUGUACAAAAAGAUCCUUCAGCUUCAUCGUGUGUUGCCACUGGAACUGAAAGCCCUGGGAGAUCAAUAUGUGAAAGAUGAAUUCAGACGACACAAAUCCAUCAGUCUUCAGGAGGCCCGGCACUUCCUACAGGAGUGGGAGAACUACGCAAUGAUGCUGCAGCAGCAGGCUAAUCAACAUGUGCAAAACACCACUGAUCAGCCUGAUUUUGGAGCACAUCUCACAAAGGAGAAACUUAAUGCCUUUCGAGAUGAGCAAGUUGGACAGCUACAUGAACUAAUGCAAGAGGCCACCAAACCCAAGAGGCAAUUCAGUAUUUUAGAUGAUGGAGACAGCAAACAUUAACACAUUUUUUGAAUUUCA